GCGCUGCAGUUCCGGUCAGGUGCCGCGCGGGGGUCAGGUGACCCGGCCCGCUCCGCUCCCGCCGCGCCGCCCGGUGCCGCCGCCGCCGCCAUGACGGGGCUCGCCCUGCUCUACUCGGGGCUCGGCCUCGCCUUCUGGACCACGCUGCUUGGCGUCGGGAUCUGCUACACAAUAUUUGACCUGGGCUUCCGCUUCGAUGUGGCUUGGUUUCUGACAGAGACCUCACCUUACAUGUGGUCCAACCUGGGCAUUGGCUUGGCCAUCUCCCUGUCUGUGGUGGGAGCUGCCUGGGGGAUUUACAUCACGGGCUCUAGCAUCAUUGGUGGUGGAGUCAAAGCCCCGCGGAUCAAAACAAAGAAUCUGGUGAGGUAAGCACAGACCUGGGGUUAGUUCUUGUGCUUCACCUGAGUGGGGUAGGUCACAGCCCAGUGAAGAGGCUUC